UAACAUUAAUGCAAAACACACAAAGUAGUCUUGUUUGCCCAAACUCUACUCCAAUCUUAUGACUUGUAGUCUUGCAUUUUCAUUUAAAGAUUACUUAGUCUUUGGAAGUGUUCGGAGAAAUCACAAGCAGCGGAUCGAGGAGCAUAUGACGGGAAUAUUGAAGACUAGUUGAAGCAAACUUGCAUCUUCAGAGAGACAUUCAAUACCGAAAAGGUAUAAGGGUAAGGGUAAGGGUAAUGGUAAUGGUAACUUUCUUUCACCCCUCGUUCUGUGCCUGCUGGGAUAUGAAGCCUGAUUAUAUCUUGAAAUAUCAGAUAUGGUUUGGAUAUUAUUGUCGUAGACUUAUGCUAUAAAUAUCGAUAUAUUCUCACUUUAACAAUUGCUCAGUGCCCAGACAUAGAUCAUUCUGAUCGAAGUGAGUAGUAACCAAAUUCUUGUGUUCUUGUUUAUCUCUUCUUGAUUUUUUCGGAAUUUCCUCAACAGUGCCAUCAUCAUGCUUUUCAAUUUUGAUCAAAAUCAUUCCCAAAAAAAUUUAAAACUAGAAAAUUCGAACUAUUUGUGUAAAUAUAGUCAUCCAUGUUUUCUUAUCAAGAUGCACAAGCUAGCUUGGGAUAACAUACCCGUGUUGUGUGAUCAUAUGAGACGCCAAUCGGAUGCCUCGUAGGGUAAUAACUAGUUACAUCAGCACUUUUCGUCGACAGGUAGUUAAACAUGUCGAAUUAAAAUUCUUAUUAGCGACGAACGAGGUGUGUUAUAAAUCUUACACCAGGACAAAACAUUAUAGUGAUGUUGUGAAUGAGAUUUAUUUUUAGUUAGUUGUUCUAUAUUUCUUAUUUACUUAGAUGUUCUUGAGUUUGAUAUGUAUUUUUUUGCCACUUAUUCUGCCGACUUUUAUUUCUAAAGUGAAUAAUAAGGAGAUGAGGCUGCCCUUGUCCUUCUUAGUCGUAAUCAUUUCCGGUGAUCACAAUAAUAACAAUAGUAUGUAUACUAAUGAAUAUUUUCAUGUAAUCAUCAAUAUUCAUUGUUCAGAAAAAAAAUAUAUCAUUUCGAUCAAUUAUUAUUAGCAUAAAAAAUUAUGAAAAGUAAAAAUGAAAAAGAAAGACAAAAACACAGAUCAACUCAAGAACUUAGGACUGCAAUGUAUACACACUUAUUGAUUGGUAUUCUCAAUUUGUUCAACUCUUCAUUAACUCUUACACUUCUAUACAGAGAAGUAUUCCAAUUUCUCCAAAAAGUUUAAGCCAUAAGAAAUAUUGAUUAUUUAUUAAUUUCUCAAAUAUCUUAUAUAUAGUGAUGUCAAAUGGGGCGGGUUAGCCCCAGACCCUCCUCGGAUCUGGUUUUAAUAGGGCGGGUUUGGGUCUAAAAAAUUUGGUUCGGAGCAGGUUGUGGGUUUUGAGUUUUAGAUCCGGCCGGAUUUGGGCCGGGUUACGAAUUUUACUUAAAACUCGCCCCAUUCCGAACCUGGACUCGAAUUCGGAUUUUUUAAUAAUUAUUAUAAUUUAUUUAUAUUUUUAUACAAUAUAAAUUAUACUAUUAUUUAUUUAUUUGAAAAAAUUUAAAUAUAAAAUAGAACUUUAAUUCUAAAUCAAAUUUAUGUUCGCAAUUAUUUUCCUACAAUUCUAUUUAUAAUCGAGACUACUGUUGACCGCCAUCACUACGGACUAUCGUCAAUAUUGAUUGUUCUUAUUUUUAGAACUAUAAUUUUUUUGGUACAUUUUUUUUUAGCGAGAUGGGUCUCGGGGUCUGCAAAAUCCGUCCCGAAUCCGCCCCAUUUACAUCCUACUUAUAUAUACCCCACAACAAAUUAAAUGUAGUCUGUGGAAUAAUUCAAAACAGAAAGUCUUGUUAGCCCAAACUCUACUCAAUCUUAUGACUUGUAUUUCCAUUUCUGAGAAUUUAGAUUUAGAGUUGGGAAGUGAGAAUAAGAGAAUUGACAACACAAGCAGACAAGAAUAUGAUCAUGGGACUAUUUAUUACUUAUAAAGUGAUAAAGAAGAUGAAGCUGCCCUUGCCCUUCUUAGUCAUAAUCAUUUCCUUUGUUGUGUCUCUGAGUGCAACUGUGGUUCUAUCGAUCUCUUUAUCCAAACCUGGCUGCCCGGAAAUUUGUGGGAAUGUCACCAUUCCUUAUCCUUUCGGAAUUGGUUCCAAAUGCAGUGCAAAUUCCGACUUUACAAUUGUCUGUAAGAACUCCAGCAAUACUCAAAAGCCAAUCUUGAGCAAUGCUGGUAAUCUGGAAGUGCUGCAGAUCUCUCUAAAAGGUGCAAUCAUUGUAAACCAGCUUGUGUCGCAGCUAAAUUGCUCUUACAAAGACUCAAAACAGCACAGUACUCUACCAAUACCACUUCGAGGAAGUCCUUUUUACAUCUCAUCGAUGUAUAAUGCCUUCUUUACUUUGGGGUGCGAGAUAACUGUGUGGCUGCACACCAAUAUCACUAAUGUAGUUGGGGUAUGCAUGGCUCAUUGUAAAAGACAUUCAACAGACACCACUUACAAUGGCGACAACUGCUGUACUAUUACAAUUCCUGAGAGACUUCAGGAGCUUCAAUUGGAAUACCAAAGCACUCCAACGAGCAACAGUACUUUCUGUGGGUAUGCCUUCCCUGUAGAAGAUAAAUGGCUCAUUCCAAAUAAUCUUUGGCUCGUUCCAAAUAAUCUUUCAUCGAAUCUAUUCGACACAGAUUUUGGGUUUGCGCCGCUAGUACUUGAGUGGGAAUAUUAUGAUGGUCUAGUUGAUGCAUCCCCAUUAGCUUUAUGCAGAGAUUUUCAAGAUAUUUAUAAUGGAGUUAGUUAUGUAUCUACAUCUAGAUAUUGCGAGUGUGACAGUGGGUAUGAAGGUAACCCAUAUUUACCUUUGGGAUGCACUGAUAUCGACGAAUGUAGCAAUGCAACAGUAAAGGAGUACUACUGUGGAGGGGGAACUUGUCGCAACACUAAUGGGAGUUUCUAUUGCCACCCUAGGGGGAAUGAAGGUAACCUAUAUGUACCCUGGAAUGAUCGAUGGGUUCAUCAAAGGUCAGGACACUUAACUCGAAUCAAGAUAACAUUCAUUGUUAUAGGAAGUGUGAUUGGGGUACUCAUUUUUGUCGGCUUUGGGGUGUGGAGGAUUGGAAAGUUUGUUAGAGAGGCAUUAAUGGCGAUCCGUAGAUACAUGUAUUAUAAGCGCAACGGCGGGUUGUUAUUGGAGCAACACUUGGCUUCGACUGAGAAUGGGCUCGAGAGAACCAAGCUGUUCACUUCAAAGGAGCUCAGAAAAGCUACAGAUCAUUACAAUGAAAAUCGUAUACUUGGGCGUGGUGGCCAAGGAACCGUCUACAAAGGAAUGCUGACAGAUGGAAAGAUUGUGGCGGUGAAGAAGUCGAAAAAGGUAGAUGAAGGUGAUCUUGAAGUGUUCAUCAACGAGGUUGUUAUUCUGUCGCAAAUAAACCACAGGAAUGUGGUCCGGUUGCUCGGCUGUUGUCUCGAGACUGAAGUACCUCUUCUCGUCUACGAGUUCAUCCCCAACGGCACACUCUUCCGCCAUAUCCAUGAGCCGAGCGAUGACCUCCCAUUAACAUGGGAAAUGCGUAUACGAAUUGCAUCAGAAGUGGCGGGAGCACUCGCAUAUUUGCAUUCUGCUUCAUCUGCACCUAUUUAUCAUCGUGAUAUCAAGUCGACGAACAUACUCCUGGAUGAAAAGUACCGUGCCAAGGUUUCGGAUUUCGGGGCAUCAAGGUCUGUGGCUAUUGAUCAAACACACAUCACUACAAGAGUGUUGGGCACAUUCGGUUACUUCGAUCCACAGUAUUUCCAAUCAGGCCAGUUCACAGAAAAGAGCGACGUAUACAGUUUUGGCGUGGUCGUGGUUGAGCUCUUGACGGGGGAGAAAGCCGUGACCUCAGCUAGAGCUGAAUCGGGAAAGAGUUUAGCCACACAUUUCUUGCAUACAAUGGAGGAGAAUAAACUAUUCGACAUUCUUGAUUCAAGAGUCCUCAAAGAGGGUAAGGUAGAAGACAUUGUGGCUAUUGCUCAACUUGCAAAGAAAUGUUUGCGAUUGAAUGGCAAGAAAAGGCCAACUAUGAUCGAAGUUGCUGCUACUCUGGAAGGGAUUCGUAGAGGCCUGAACGACGACAUGGUUUCCGUGCAAAAUCUUGAUGAAAACAGCAUUGAUUAUCAUUCAGCCGAGGUUUCCGACGAGUCUUCUGAUCUCUCAGAAUGCACAAUUACUGCUCAAUCAUGAGAUAUUCAAAGUCCAUUUCUUGAUGAGCCUUGAAGAAUUCCAAACCUCUAUCUUCCUACAUUUCAUCUAAUGAAAUUCCAAAGCUUUUUUUUACUGUCCCCUCUAAAUAAUAGCAACCCAUGUGUUUAUAUGUGUGUUUAUUUUCCAUCAAAUCUCCAAGGGAGAAGUAAACUUCUUUGUUGUAUAAUUAAGCAUAUGAAUGUUUUUUUUUACA